AUGCAAGGAAUUGUCCAGUUAACGUUUAUUCACGACACAGAGGAUAUUCGAUGGUUGAAUGCGGGAAAUGCGGCCAGGCAUCGCCACUCGAUCUUCACAGAUGCCGAACGUCGGGACAUGACCCUUGAGCUCGUCUGUUCUGUUCCCGAUCAAAAUCCCGACCAGGCAAUUGUUGAUCUGGAGAAGUUCGACUCGGAUACCAGUUGCUCGGAACCAUUCUCGCUUUUUCGGGGGCCUUUUGGUGCUAUCAGAUGUCCACAACCGAUCCCGCUUGACCUAUCACCUUACGAUAGGGACGAGCUGUCGCCUUCCUCAAAUAACUGGUUUGAGGAGCUCGAGGAGCUGCCAAGAGAGGAGGAUUUCAACCAGACUCCGUUCAGUCUAGAUGCCUUAGAUAUUCUGAAUACAGAUUAUGGUGAAGAUCUGAUGCUAGAAAGGUCCAGUCUAGAGCCGCUUCAGAGUAUUGGGAGGAACUUCCACGAGCCGAGUCUACAAGCAGAGCUCAAUCCAUACCUAUCGGUGGGCAACAUCGAGGGCUGGAGUCUCCUAUCUCAUUACAAAGAGAGAAUCGUCCCAUUGAUCUCUCCUUUGCGCCGAGGAAAGGAGACACCUUGGAUCGGCCUGGUAUUACCAUGUGCAAAGGCAACUUUGGCAGACUUGAUGCUGAAUGGGUCUUCCAACCAUGCACGGCUUGCCCUAUUAAAUGCGGUAUGGAGCACAAGUGCCUUUCACUUGGGGAACAAUUCAGUGGCUUGCCUUCAGCAAUGGACUGUCUCGGGAGGGAUAUACUUGGCACAGGCUCAAUACCACUUCCAACGAUGCAUGGAAGAAAGCUGUACCUCGGCUACGAAGACGAGCAAAUACAAGGAGAUUCUCAUGGCAAUGCUGAGUCUCUCAAAUGUCUUUAUGAUAAAAGGAGACCCGGAAAUGCGACGCGCCUAUCUCGUCCAAACAGAAAAGCUCAUUUGUGUCAAAGGACUCAGCCAACCGGCGCUGUCAGCCAACAAAAGAGCAUUGCACCACUGUUACGCUUAUAUGCGCAUUAUGGCUGAGACAACAUGCAUUGCUGAUAGAUUGAGCGUCAAUCUGACAGGGACAAGCGGCGCUUCGAACAACAACGCGGCGUAUGGAGGAGACUUCCGUAUCUACCCCAAUCUAAUAUUCUCGACGACCACAAUGAGCAUGGAAAAGGACCCGAGCAUGGCCCAACGCGACCUCCACCUUGCGAUACCCGGUCGAUGGAGCUCAACUUUAUUCCCCACGCUAUACGGAAUCGAUGAAAUAUUUCUCAUGUUACUGUCCCAAGUGAUCCGCCUUGCGAACGAGCGAGAUUUGUCAAUGAUGUCCGAUGCAACCGAGAGUCGGCUCAGUCUGAAGGAAUUUUGGACUCGGGCGAAGGGCCUGGAAAGGGCUAUUGAUCAUUUGCUAUCGACUAUAAAUCCAAGUGGUGUUGGAUCUUAUGAUGGAGCCCUCCCAGUGGUCAAGACUGCGACAGCGCAAGCGAUGUACACGGCAUUAUCAAUUUUCUUCCAUCGCCGAAUAUAUGAAAUUGAUCCUACAAUGCUGCAGGGCAAUGUCGAUGCAAUCCGGGGCUACCUAAUUCAAAUCCAACAAGAGGAAAGGGAUCAGAAGGGUAGCAACAAUGCUGCGUUGAUAUGGCCGGCUUUUAUCACUGCUUGUGAAGCUGUUAGCCCCGAGUUACAGUCGUUCUUCUCCUCCUGGUUUGAUAAUUGCGCUCGGACGACAUCAUUGGUUCACGCAUCGGUCGCUAAACAGAUAUUUGAGACAAUAUGGACCAAAAGGCGCGACGGGAGCUUUUGUGGAGGAACAUGUAGCUGGCCAGAUAUUUUGCGGGAUGGGGAUAUCAAGUUUAUGUGCAUAUAA